UCUAUUCUUCUCCCGCCCUCUAAACAAUUUUAUUAUCCCUCUUCAAGAUAGAGAUCAAUGGAAUCAAAUUAAUAAACAAAGAACAAAGGUAGAGAGAGAGAGAGAGAACCUAAUGCUUGCUUUGGAAAUAAGGCAUCAUGUGAGUUGGCUUGUCUACUUCUUUUCCAUUUCAUCUCCACCAUUUGGUUCCAAUCUAUCCAUCUCCCACUUCAUAUUUCUUCAACUCCUCUCUCUCUCUCUCUCUCUCUCUCACACACACACCCACACACACUCAAGCAAGCAAAAGACAGAUGAACGACGAGGCGCCAAGCUGGGCAGAUCAGUGGGGCACCGGCGGGAUCGGCGCAAUGGACGACCACCACAACACCGCCGCCGACCAGGAUGCCGCCGCGGGCAAGUCCGGAUCCAAGAACGGCGGAGGCCUGUUCAGUAAGAUCAAGACAAGUGGCAUCAAAUGGUUCAAACCCAAAUCCAGUAAGAAGACAUCGACCUCCGUUUCUGCCUGAAGCUGGAGGAAGCAGAAAGAUUGAAGCUUUUUUAUGUAUCAGUUUAAACAACCCAAUAUUCCUUCAUUUCUUCCUCCUCGUAAUGUUUCCUGUCAUUUUGUUGUACAAAUCCUCUUGGAGGAGAAGUAAUCUUGGAAGUUCUGUUCUCUCUUCUCAUGUUGCAGUCUUGCAGACCCUCUUCUUUUCUACGCUGCUGAUUAUGGCAGUCAGUGAAGUUGAUUUGUGAUUAUCACCAAUCUUGAUAUGUCUAUUGAUUAUUGAUGGAGUUUCUGUACGGUUCAUGUAAUUGACUGAACCCUUUCCUUUUGCCACAUUUGGCCAACUGCGGUUGCAAUUUCAACAACCAACAAUGCAAAACAUUCAAGGUAGCUUACCAACAACUACCGACUAGGAUCUACUGCAAAUUCUCUCCCUUGGGUGGCAUUAGAUUCAGCUUUCACAGCAGAGUCAGAGAGAGAGAAGAGAACGAGAUCAAAUCCAAACUGAAGAGAAAUGGACUAAACAGAGACUAAUCAACUAAAUCGAAUCCGAUUACAGAUACUGAAAGCAAUUCUACUGCCCGACUUAUGGCAGAAGUCCGGAUCCAGUAGGAGGAUGGAACUUUUAGGUCAAGUCUGAAAGCAUUAAACUUUACAAAUCCAG